GGUGGCGGUGUGUAAUUUUAGAUUUUGCUAUUAAAUUUGUAAUCGGAAUUUUAAAUUUUGACGAUCAUGAAUGAGUUGAUUCUCUUGAAUUGGGAGAUUUCCAAUCUUACGAAAACGUUAACAACGCAUAGAAAGGGUUCAGCAAUAAAAAUUAAAACAGUUGAUUUACUCAAUCAACUUCUGGACACUGUAAGCUUAUUUUUAACGAAUCACUCUAUUGUACCAACGGACAAAUGUGGUGUCGACGAAUUUAUAUUAGAUGAGUAUUUCAUACUGCCCAAAGUUAUAUGUAGGCGCUGUAAUCUAAUGAUGAAAUAUAAACAAUCACAAAUGCUUGAGCAUGCAAAAGUGCAUUCAAAAAGCAAAGCGAGCCUUCUCUUAGAAUCUUUAAAAGGAAGAAAUGAGCAGAAUGUACAAGUAAACACGAAGAGUUCUGAAGCUAAUGAGGUAAAACUUAUAAAUUCAGAAGCCAAAACGAAGAAAUCCAAAAACAGGAAAAAGAAACCUAAGGCAGUGUUAGAACCUAUUAUCAAUGGUCAACCAACUAGUAAAUUACCUCCUACAGUGCGAGAAGGCAUCCCGCAUACAAAUGCCAAGAGUUCAUGUGACCAAUCUAAGAAAGGCAUUGAUGUAAAUAAUGAAAUCACGAAAAAACCGGCCACUGUACAGAUAACGUUGCGUCCAAGUGCACCAGAUGCCACGAUGUCAACUAAAAUUGUUCAAAAACCUCCCAAAAAUGAUCAACUAACUACCAAAUUACCUCCUACAGUGCGAAAAGGUACCUCACAGCUUGAUGGCAAGAGUCCGCAUGAGCAAUAUAUGCAGGGCGAUGAUGUAAAGAAAGAUAUCACUAGAAAUCCGGCCACUGCGCCGGUGAAGUCGUGCCGAUGUGCUCUAGAUUCAACGAUGUCAACAGAAAAUGUCCAACAACCUGCUACUAGCAUUGCUGUGGAGAUUGAUGAAGGCAAUUCAAAUGCAGAUGAUAAGGAUCAGUGUGAGCGAUCUAUAAAAGACAUUACUAAAGAAUCAGUCACUCAGAUAAAAACGUCUCCAUGUCCGCUAGAUUCAAUGACAUCAAAUAAGGAUGUCCAACAGUCUGAAACUCUAACCGCAGCGGUUGAUUGCAAGUCAGCGGAUAAAGAGACAAAUGUAUCCGUUUUGCCAUUUCACAAGGUUUAUGCUCCUGCUACAACAAAAGAGGAAAAUCAUGACAAAAUAGUAAGACCACGCCGAAAACCUCGUAAAAGAGGUCAUCCAGAAAACAUAACAUGCAUUGAGAAAGGUUGUAUUCCUAUCUGUGAUAUUGAUUUGACAAAGAAGUUGAAAAAGUUUUUGCAGAAAAUUCCAAUUGAAUAUGUGAGAAACAGAACGAAGCACAACUUGAUGGUAAUGAAAUCAUCAGUUCAUACAAAUAUUGCCCAAGGUCUAGAAAAGUUGCUCCGGUUAUUUUUCCCCAAAGUAAAAGCUUACGCCUUUGGCUCUAGAAUUACUGGUCUUGCAGGCGAAACUAGUGAUUUGGAUAUCUUUCUUGAUCUAGAUGACUGUUAUGAUGGACAAAAUUGUUCAAAAGUGAAUCAGGAACUCUAUGUACGGACGGUCGAGCAUAUUCUGCGUGAUUCUAAUGAGUGGAUGUAUUUUGACGCUGUUAUCAGUGCCAGGACUCCUAUUCUGCGUGCUUGGAAUAUUUCUGAAAAAGUUGACUGUGACAUUUCAUUUGCGAAUGGACUAUCGCACCGCAAUUCAAUGUUGAUCAAGUACAUGUUUGAAUUACAACCAAUUGCUUAUUCUAUGGCUAUCUAUAUAAAGGAAUGGGCCAAAUACGCCAACAUUAGCGGACUCAACAGUUACACUUUAACUAUGUUAAUAUUUUUUUUCCUGCAAAAGAAAGAACUCUUGCCUUCUGUAUACCGGCUGCAAUUUGAUUGCAAACCGCCACUUUACAUUAAGAGGUGGCAAGCAGAUUUCGAAAGAAAAACAUUAGAAGAGUUGAAAAUUACUGCUGCUGAAGAAACUUCUACAGAUGUUUUGUUAGCAAGCUUUUUCUUAUUUUAUGGGAGAAUUUUUCCCAUCGAGACACAUGUAAUUUGUCCUUAUCUUGGCAUGGCUCCGCGUAAAACAGAUUUCGAUCCAAACCAGUUCAAAUGGCCAGUGCAAAUGAAGGCACUAGCAGACUUCUACGACCAAUUGUCAUCCGAUAGAUAUACGAGUAACGACAUUCUAGCCUAUACAAAACCAAUUGUCGUUCAAGACCCGUUCGAUUUAGCUCAUAAUGUGGCAAAAGGACUUGAUUUGGCAGAUGCCAGUAAGUUUAUACACUAUUGUACGCAGUCAGCAUCCGAACUAGAGCAACAAUUUACUCGCUUAAAUAAUGUCUCCGCUCUCGAAGCAUUACAAACUAUGAAAAUGAACGCUCAUUUGCCUUGUAACUAGCAUUUUUUGUUUUUUUUAAAUAAAAAUUAAAAACAAUUUAGUUGUUUAUUUUGU